GGGAGGGAGUGUGUGUCAGUCUGGGGGAGGAGAGAGAGAAAGGGAGAGUGUGUCAGACUGGGAGAGGAGAGAGAGAGAGUGUGUCAGACUGAAGGAAGGAGCGGCCGAUCUGCUGCGAGCCGGAGCCGGGAGCGGGGGCAGGGGCAGGGGCAGGGGCAGGGGCCGGGGCCGCUGCCCGGGUGGUUGCGGUUGUCUGGGGAGUCGGUACCGGGAGCUGAAGCCGGGGGAACAUGCGGUGGAAGGUGAUGCUGAUGCUGUUUGUCUCCGCUCUCCUGCUCUCCCUGUGGUUCACCAACCUCAGCAACAGCGGCCGCAACCUCAACCCGUGGAGCAUCUCCCAGCGCUGGCAGUGGGGCGGCACCGGCACCGGGACCGGGACCCAGAGGACAGAUGGUGCUCCAGCCUUAAGCAAUGCAACAUCAGUCACUAACUCUCCUGAAGCUAAACACUUGGAGAAAUGCCCUGACGAUCCACCAGAACUUGUUGGGCCCUUGAGGAUUGUGUUUGACCAGGAGCAGUCAAUGGAAGAGCUGGCUGAAUUAAACCCCUACGUGGAGUUUGGAGGUCACUACAAGCCACCGGACUGCAUCCCCUUGCAACGCAUCGCCAUCAUCAUCCCCUUCCGAAACCGGGACCACCACCUCCGGCACUGGCUGUACUACCUCCACCCAAUCCUGCGUCGGCAGCAGGGCGAGUAUGGGAUUUAUGUUAUCGAGCAGGCUGGUGAGAACACCUUCAACCGAGCAAAGCUUCUCAAUGUCGGAUUUGUGGAAGCAUCGAAAGAGAAGGAUUACGAUUGUUUCAUAUUCAGUGAUGUCGAUAUUGUACCCGAGAAUGACCGGAAUCUGUAUCGCUGCUCUCAGAAUCCACGACACCUGGCAUGUGCCAUGGACAAAUUUGGAUAUAAGUUGCCAUACACAGGGUAUUUUGGAGGAGUUGUGGCAUUCACAAAAGAGCAGUACUUGAAAAUAAAUGGUUUCUCCAACAAUUACUGGGGUUGGGGGACUGAAGAUGACGACACAUACAAAAGGGUGACACUGAGUGGGAUGUCAGUUGAUCGACCUGACCGCAAUGUUGGAAGAACCAAAAUGAUACGACAUCAAAGAGACAAAGGAAAUGAGGUCAAUGAGAAAAACUACGUUAUUUAUAAUCGGAUGAAGUUUACAAGGAACCAGGAUGGAUAUAUAUCUCUGAAGUAUUCACUCAUCAAGAUAGAAAAACAUCAACUUUUCACCAAAAUAACAGUUGAUAUUGGAAAGCCUCCAUCGUAAAGAAUUGGAAAUGUGCCUUUCUAUCUCCUACUGGAGUGGAACUAACCAAAGAUAUGUGUGUAGCUGCUGCUUGGGACUACUGCUCACACAUUGAAACAAGAAAACAAAAUGGAGCCCUGUGACUGAAGUCUCCGCACCUUGAAGAGAUGGUCUUCUAAUCUGUCUCUUCCUUCUGUAAAUCCAAGGGAAGUGGGGUAUUGUCGCUGGUUUGCUUCUCUCUGGUAGAGAAAAAGUUUUGAACCCGACUUGAACAACAGAAGACUCACCUGGGUGUCAGUACAAAGGAAUGAUGUGUUUCACUCGCACACGUGCUCCUUAGAUUCAAAAUGACGUCUUGCAUUGAUUCUGCCCACCUUCCCUUUUGAACUUCUCACUAAUUUUUUGGGCGUGAAAGAAACAAUGAACCAUUUGGCUGUUUACAAAUUGUUUGGCAGAUUUCUCGUUGAAGCGAGACACCCAUAUUUGCUCUUUAAAACUUCAUUCUGUAUCAGGGGUAGUACCAACUUGAGUUCUACCUGGAAAGGAAGAGAAUUCUUUAUCCCCUUCAGAGUCCAUAGAAACUCUCAGGUAUGCUGUUUCAAUUUUGUUUUUAAUUAAUGCCUUUUUUUUCAAAGGUUCUGUUUUGGCUUCCAAACUAAUAACUUCCCAUAGAUAGCAGGGAGCAGAUGUUCUCCUGCAGUUUGAACUUUGUCACUUAUCAAGGCCACAACCACAUUAAGACUGCCCAACAUGGGCUUGGUUGUUGUCUCUGGCACUUCUGGCUAUACAACACAGCAAUUACUAGGACUUGCACUGGAAUACAGUUCCAGAGGCACUUGGUAUCCUUCAGUACUUUCACUCAAGUGCCCAUUCGCAGUGUGAGAGACUCAAAACAGUGUUGUUCCAACCGCAGGUCUUCAUGGUUGAUGCUGAUCUGGCCCUUGUUCAUUUACUUCAAGUCUCCAGGCACAUGGGCUUUCAAACGGGGAAUCAGGAGUGGGAAACCGUGGUUGGUUUUUCCCAAAUUGUACGGAAAUACGUAAUACAGUUGGCUGAGUUGAGCUAACUUGAUGUGGAUCUGAGAUUGAACCUGCGAUCUGCUUACGGACUCUCGCUGGGCAGUGCUAUGUUACCAACUGAACGUUCAGUUGAGCGCCUUUUCAACCAAGCACUGUUUUUAUAAACUAUGUUGCCUGACUUUUUAUUCCAUUUGUUUACAACAUUCUGUAAAUGGCAUUAUGCGUACAAUCCUGUUACUAACACAACCUUUGUUCUAACUUCAUUUCAACCCACUCAACUUUAACCAUCAUGGUAACCAAAUCCCUCUAAUUGGGAUACAGUAGGGCAAACAGAAAUCAAAAUCCUUUUAAAUUCAAUUAAAUCUUCAACCAAUUUCCUUAAAGCAUCUUAUAACUGCAUUCUGCAUGAUUAACAGGAAAAUUCCAUUCCCUCUCUUUCCUCUGUUAAUUUUGGAUUGUAAAUCUCGAUUUGUAACCUGCUUUUUAUAUACAAAAAAAUUGUAAAUGAACCAAAGAUCUCUCUGCAGAAAUGUUCAAAAUAACAUUACUCGUAAAACAGAAGAUUAGUUCAAUUGUACAGCGUGUCUAUGGAGCUGAAACUGUGCGGUUUUAUGAUAAUGUAAUAAAUGACAUGGGGAUGGUUUUAUUUUUAAAUGGGCUUGUAUAGGGAUUUACUUUAUAACUUUGGACCUGUUAUUUAUUGGAAUUCAACUUUGUGGGACGGGACAUUUUUGAUUCUGCCUUAAAAGGCUCACUCAUUGCCCCUACCAGAGUAGUCAUUGACUCCUGAAACCACAUCUGUUUGACCCUUUCCUCUUUCUGUUCCAGUCCCAUGUAGCCUCAGCUAGUUAAACAGCAAAUAGCUGAGCCUCAUGAACCAAAAAGAUUCUAAAUCCCAGAUCCCACUGCGUCAGACGACGCUGAGCUUGAUACAAGCCAGAAGUAGCAGUAGCAGGGGCAUUGUAGUAGGUGGGAUGGGUGGAUCUCUGGGCUGGGGACAGGAGUGAUAAACCAAAGUUCCAUCACUUGAUCACUGUUUAGUGACUGAUAACUGUGUGUAUGUGUGUGUGUGUGUGUGAGAGAGAGACUGAGAGAGAGCAAGAGAUACAGAGAAUGAGAGAGAGAAAGUGGGGGGAGAGUGUGUGUGUGUGUGCAUGAGUGUCAUUGAGAGACGGGGAGGUUGAGUGUGUGUGUGCACAUGAUUGAAUGAGAAAGCGGGGAGAGAGUGAGUGAGUGUGCGUGUGAGAGAGAGAGAGAGAGAGAGGUGUCUGUUUGUGAGAGAGGGGGGAGAUUGAGAGAGAGAGUGAGUGUGUGCGUAUGUGCGUGCGAAAGGGAGGAGUGUGUGUGUGUGUGUGUGUGUGUGUGAGAGAGAGAGAGAGAGAAGGGAAUGUGUGUCGGGGGGGUUGAGUGAGUGUGUGAGAGAGAGAGAGAAGGGAGUGUGUCGGAGGACAGAAAGAGAGAGAGAGAGAAGGGAGUGUGUGUGUGAGAGAGAGAGUGAAGGGAGUGUGUGUCAGGGAAGACAGAGAGAGAGAGAGUGUGUGUGUGUGUGUGUGUGUGUGUCUGUAGACAAUGACAGGAUCUGGACUGCCAUUAUGUGAAGGCUGACAACUUUGGCACCAAAGAAUGUCUAUGGAUGACAAUUGUUGCACAAAUCUGCAACAUCAAAGGAAAAGAAAUUGGGCAGAUUUUCUUUUCAUAGACGUCCUGUGCUCUUGAAGGAAAGGGUAUCAGUGCUGAGAAACAACAAGAUUAGUUUUGACCCUGAGCAUCAGAUGAUUAGUUUUAUUAGUUAGACACAGAGUAAACCCUUCCUUAACCACUCUAAUCCAUCCUCAGCAGAAUAGCCUACCACUAUAUCCCAUGCUAUAUGGUGUAACCCUGCCCCCAGGUGGAUAGAUUAAUUAACAAUCAAAUUCAGGCCUACUUGGAAUUGAAAUUGAAUGCAUCCAAAUAAAUGUAACAUAUGAGCCCCUGUGAACAGGGUCACAUCUUCAAUCAGCACUGAAUCUGGGACCCUGCAGCCAGUCUCUCUCAGCCCAUGCAACACAGAUACAGCUGCAAAUAUCUCAUCACCGUGUGGCCUAGCUAGAUACAUGUCUUGGUGUACCAUCUGCACUCCUCCCUCCAAAACUUUCAGGGAGUCACCUUUUCUUUUUGAUCACCGUUAAAUUAUCUCACCUGCUGAGCUUUUCCAGCAACUUUGUUUCUGUUCCUGAUUUACAGCAUCCACAGUUCUUUUGGUUUUUAUUAAAUUAUCUCUCAUCCUUUGCAGAAUGCAUUGCAUGUGAGUGACCCAUUGGAGAACACCCACUGCUGGAGGAGGGAGGGAAUUGGAGAAUGGGGAGUGGUGGUGAUGUUAUGAACAAAAUGUUCUUCGGUGCACCUGUUUCCUUUUUGGAAUUAAACUUGAAGUGUGUAACUUU